UAUUUUGUACGUCACAUAUUAUUUGGCACAGCUUGGAAAUUCAAUAAUAAAAUCUUAAAAAUCAUGAAGAAACAGAUUGUCAGGGAGUUCAUAACGGUCAAGAAGGUGCGAUAUCUGCCGCGAGAGCCGCCACCACCUCCUCCACCACCGCCGCGGCGUGUCCUUGUGGUAGGCCGAUGUGCAUUGGAUGUUAUCACUAUAUGCAAUGAACAUCCUAUUCCCGGCACCAAAGAGCGCACCACUGAGGGUUUCUGGCGACCCGGCGGCUAUGCUACCAAUACGUGUUGCGUUCUGAGGCGUCUGGGCACCGACUGUGAGUUCCUUGGCCUUUUGAGCAGCGCGCCCGCUUUCGAGAGCAUUCCGACCAGUUUUCAGGCCAUGGGCAUUGACAUUUCCAACUGCCCGCGUUCGGCCCAGCAGCCGCCGCAUCGCGCAAUCGUCGCUGUGCGCGGCAAGCAGACGCGCACCAUUGUCGAGUACACGAACCGAGACCACGAGCUCACCUAUCAGCAGUUUGUGGGCGCCGUUGACUAUCGCAAAUACUCCUGGAUACACUUUGAAGCGAGGAACAACAGGGAAACGCUGCGCAUGAUUCGCGCUGUGCACGACUACAAUGCACGCAGUCCGGACGAGGACAUUCUGUUGUCCGUCGAUCUGGCCGAUAUGAAACCACUUAGCCUUCUCGUGGCCGACUUGGCGAACUAUGUGCUUAUACGUAAGCGGGUCAAGAAGAAAAACGGCUAUAUGAACGGUCGAGAAACUGUGUGGGCAGUGCGUGAACGCAUGCAGGUGGCACGCAAGCGCUGGCAGGCAAUGCAGCCCAAGAAGAGUCCCUAUAUAACCGAAGAUCAGCCACAACUAGACACAGCUAAAUGCGAAAAUGGAGAGCGCGAGCCUUGUCUAAUAUACGAUAACUACGAAGAGGGCGCCAGUUGUUUGGGUCCUGAUAACACCUACUUCAAAGUGGGCGGUCACAAGCCGCCAGAAAUUCUGGACACCAUUGGCGAGCACGAGACUUUCGUCGGCGCUUUCAUUUAUGCCAUGCAAGGCAACAAAAUGUCAUUGCGCGAUGCCAUGGAAUACGGCACUCGGGCGACCGUCUUCAAGAUUGCCCAACGUGGGUUCGAUGGCCUGCGCUGCAUGCCCAAGGAUUUAAUUAGCUGUUAUUACGCUUGAAACGUUGCUGACUUAGUAAGAAGUAAACAAUUCGCUAGCUUGAAAUGCAUAUAGACCCGGUCUCGGUAAAAGAAAAUUUAUAAAUUUAGUUUCAAUAUGAAUUUGAUA